ACGGAUCUCACUACUCUAGCAUGGGAAUCGUUCUUCAUUACAUGCUUAGGCUCGAGCCAUUUACAUCUCUGUAUCUAAAUUUUCAGGGUGGCAAGUUUGACCAUGCAGAUCGUUUGUUCCAAAGCAUUGAGAGCGCUUACAUAAAUAGCUUAUCAAAUACAAGUGACGUCAAAGAGCUUAUUCCAGAAUUCUUUUACAUGCCCGAGUUUCUUGAAAAUUCAAAUUCAUAUCAUCUUGGUGUCAAGCAGGAUGGGGAACCUAUAGGCGAUGUUGCUCUCCCUCCAUGGGCAAAGGAUGAUAACUCAAGUGAUGAGUUUGACAAAGAUUCUAUUGAGAGUGAUGAUAGAUCUCUUGAAGAGCUAAGCUGGGAGACACUGGAACUUCUUGUGGUACCUCAUAUAUUCAGGUAAGCAAAAUUUUAUUAU